AUGCGCACAUGGACCGGAUGCUUGACAUGUCGAUCUCGAAAGGUCAAGUGUGACGAGAGAAGGCCCAAAUGUAGGAACUGCGAAAAGUCUCGCCUGCAGUGUACCCCUAGCGACCUUCUCUCGUUCAAGCAUUGGCGUAAUCCGUCGGUCAGGAAGACGUCUAAAAACAACGGCGAUGGAGUUUUUGAAUUGGAUCAUGUCUGGGUGGAUACAGUUCCCUCGUACAGAUUUGUUGACGAGACGAGCACGAUUACCGAAGAAUAUGAGGGUCAUGUUGAAGAAUACCAUAAUGAGGAUUGGAGCCCGGGAGAAGAUCCCUCAGUCCCAGUUCACCAUCGAAAUUAUGAUCCUGUGCACAGCGCCGAAGACGAAAACGUGCCUGCAACACCGCUUCAAUCCACAUUAAUAUCGCAAGCAAAUGAAAAGUCGGAUGCUGACUGGGAUUUCGCUGGCACCGAGAGAUCAAGUCUCCCGACAUCUCCAUGCGAUCGAACAGUUUCCUUGUCCGAAGGCUGCCCAGCCCCAUUCACCUUUCGUCCUCUCCGGGAUGUUGAGCCUCAUGUCCACCUACCUGGAAGGUCUACGACUGCACUUGAUAAUUUAUUUGACAACCUACCCAUUAACACAAACACUUCUAGUCCCCAUGAUGGUAUCAGUCAAAGGCAAGAAGCCGCUGGACAAGCUUUGAUUCUGAUGGCAAACCACGAUUUCGAAACUCACAUACCCGGAUCGGUGAAUUCUCCAAAUUCUUCAAUGAACGGCUCAACAAGUGAAUGGGGCUCCAGAAGCAUCACAUCUCCGGCAAAUACUGCCCCAAUGAUGCUUACAUCGAAGGCCGAGGCAGAUUUACUUCGCAAAUUCAGCGACAUAGUAGGAACCUGGAUGGAUCUAUCAGACCUGUCAGAAACAUUCUCCAAAAAAGUCUGUCGACUAGGCGUGCAAGACCCCUUGCUCAAAGCAGCUAGUAUUGCAUGUGCUGCGAAACAACAAUAUCUAGUUGGGAAAAUGGAAGAUGGAAUGCAAAUUGCGCGAAAGAAUUAUGAUACUGCCAUUUCACUUCUUAUUAAUCGGCUCUCAGACCUGGAUGAGCCAUAUGCUGGGUAUGGCUUUGCGGCCAUUGUCAUUUGCUCUUGCUAUGAGAUGCUAGAUGCUCCCACAGCUGACUGGCAGAGGCAUCUGGAUGGUGUGUUCUCCUUUGGCAGGGUGCAGAGAGUGAACGGAUCAUCUGGAGGCAUUGCACAAGCUGCGUUCUGGUCGAUCGCUCGACAAGAAGUAGUUUGCGCCAUUAUUAACAGCUCGAAAUUAAGGCUGGACCCGGACUUUUGGGUUGUUGAUCUUGAAAAUAUUGGACAGGAAGGCUUUGAAGACUUGGUUAACAACCAGUAA